UCGUCUUACUGUAAUUAAGCUCUAUCUAAGGCACAGUUUGGAUACUACUUUUUUCACAUUUUAGAGAUUGUUAAGAUAUGAUACAAAUUUAUAAAACUUAAAAUCCUAGACAAAUAAUUGUUUGGACUUCUCAUCAAAAUUAAACUGCAAAUUCCUGUUAAAACUAUAUAAGGGAUAAUGAUAGUAUUUCUCCACAUUGUUAUAAAAAAUGUUGGAACACACGGCACACGACUCCUUCUGUCAAAUUUUGUGUUGAAUUUGUUAGCACGGGAAGUUUAUACCAAUUAGUUCAAACAAGUUUGGGAUGUGUCAAAAUUUUCGACUUUAGUAGGUAUUACCGCAACUGUAUAUAGUAAACGACGGAUAUUACUAAAAUGGUAGAAGUGAUAGCACAAUUUCAGAACAUUACCACAAACAUCAGUAAUUUAACAAAUAAUAAUCAAGUUGUCCUCCGAGGUCAAUUAGUAGAUAAACAUACACGAUGUCAGCAUUAUCAUUCCAAAUUAGACAUUAUUGCUAUAAAGUAUAAAUGUUGUCGAGAAUACUAUCCAUGUUUUAAAUGUCACCAGGAGCUAGCUGAACAUAAGUCAGAAAUAUUUAAUAAAUUUGAACUAUAUUCUAGUUCCCCAGAGAAAGUUAUACUAUGUGGUAAUUGUUAUUCUGAAUUAACAUUUAAGGAGUAUUCGGGAACAAAAACUGUUGAAUCUGACAGUUGUGAAAUACAGCAUUGUAUUCAAUGCAAAAGUUUGUUUAAUCCCAAGUGCUCUUUACACUAUGAUAUUUACUUUGAUUUGUAAUGGAGAAUUCUGGACAAGGAUCGUUAAUUAUAUAUAUAUACAAUCAAGUUAUAUUAACAAAUUAUAGCCCACUUGUAGCGUUAUGAUAAAUAAAGAAGGCUGCUAUUUCUUAUUUUUACAUUGUUACAACUCUAAUUGAAAUUUUAUUCUUGGAAGUCUUUGAGUAUAAUAAUCGUUACGAAUUAUUGGAGAUGACCACAAAUAUUCCAGUUAGAGAUGAGGGCGGAUGAGAUGGUAUUUUAUUAGAAUAGAUAACUCUAGUAGCUAGGAGAUCAAUUCAAUUGUUUCAUCAAUAGCGCAUUAUCGAUCCAGCGAAUGUA